UUUCAGUAACAAACGGCAACUCUCAGGAAUAAAAUCAUCGUCGCUCCGCUCGUUAAAUUCUCGUUGCUUUCCCUCCCACAUACAAAAUCAGGAUAAAAUUGUUAGUAGCUUAAAAAGCAGCGCGGAUUGCAUAAAUUCAAGUGGAUUACCGAUAGGAAAAACACAUUCGGAAAAAACUACAAUGUGAUGUAAAAUAUGUUUUUGUGUUGAGUGCAUAACUAUAAUAUGUUGUAAUUAAAGUUCAACUGCAAUUACGAAGAGACGAAAUAUAUAAUAAUUCAUAGGUGUUUGUGAGUGUUAGCCCCCUCUCCUGUACGUCGUGUGAAAAAGAGAGAGAGGGAGAGAGAAAGGGAACGUGACCGAGUUGCCAUGAAAACUCCAAUGGAAAUUCAGCAUAACUGCUGACACACUAAACAAAACUCCAAAAAGAACCAAAGGCGAAAGCUGAUUUUUUGUUUAGACACCUAAGUUUGAUUCAAUAUUCAUCAAAAUACGAGUGGCGAAAAAAAAGCAAGUCAGAGAGAGCGCGCGACGUUCGGCCCCAAGGUCGUGGGCCCAUACCCCCAGGAUCCAGUUCCAACAACCCCAUCCAACCACCCAAGAAACCAAAAUGGAUGACGAUCAGCAGUUUUGUUUGCGGUGGAACAACCACCAGAGCACACUGAUCAGCGUGUUCGACACGUUGCUGGAGAACGAGACUCUAGUCGAUUGCACGCUAGCCGCCGAGGGCAAAUUUCUCAAGGCCCACAAGGUGGUGCUGUCAGCAUGCAGUCCCUACUUUGCUACCUUACUACAAGAACAGUACGACAAACAUCCCAUCUUUAUACUCAAGGAUGUCAAGUACCAAGAGCUGCGCGCCAUGAUGGACUACAUGUACCGCGGCGAGGUCAAUAUCUCGCAGGAUCAGCUGGCCGCUCUGCUCAAGGCCGCCGAGUCGCUGCAGAUCAAGGGCCUGUCGGACAAUCGCACUGGCGGCGGAGCAGCCCCCAAGCCUGAGUCCUCCGGCCAUCAUCGCGGCGGUAAGCUUAGCGGUGCCUACACACUGGAGCAGACGAAGCGGGCUCGACUUGCCACCGGCGGAGCGAUGGACACGUCUGGCGAUGUGUCCGGUUCACGCGAGGGCUCAUCGAGUCCGUCGCGUCGUCGUCGAAAAGUCCGACGUCGCAGCAUGGAGAAUGAUGCCCACGACAACUCCAACUCGUCCGUGUUACAAGCCGCCGUCUCGAAUCAGUCAAUCCUCCAGCAGACAGGAGCCGGUUUGGCCGUCUCCGCUUUGGUCAGCACCCAGUUGUCCAGCGGACCUGCAGCCGGAACCAGCAGCCAAGCGUCGUCGACCCAGCAACAGCAGCCAUUGACCAGCACCAACGUUACCAAAAAGACUGAAAGCGCUAAACUAACAUCCUCGACAGCCGCCCCAGCGAGCGGAGCAUCUGCGUCAGCGGCCGCCGUACAACAGGCCCAUCUGCAUCAGCACCAGCAGCAGGCGCAGACCACAAGCGAUGCCAUUAACACCGAAAAUGUACAAGCCCAGAGCCAAGGUGGCGCCCAAGGCGUCCAAGGCGAUGACGAGGACAUUGACGAGGGUAGUGCCGUUGGCGGAUCAAACGCCGCCAGCGGACCCAAUCCCGCCUCCGCCUCUGCAUCCGCCGUCCAUGCCGGAGUUGUGGUAAAGCAGCUGGCCAGCGUUGUGGACAAAUCGUCGUCGAAUCACAAACAUAAAAUCAAAGACAACAGCGUGUCAUCAGUGGGCUCCGAAAUGGUUAUUGAACCCAAAGCCGAAUACGAUGACGAUGCGCACGAUGAGAACGUUGAAGAUUUGACACUGGACGAGGAGGACAUGACAAUGGAAGAGCUGGACCAGACGGCCGGCACCAGCCAGGGUGGCGAAGGAUCUAGUCAAACAUAUGCAACAUGGCAGCACGACAGAUCUCAGGAUGAACUUGGACUAAUGGCACAGGAUGCACAGCAACGGGAUCCCCAAGAAUUCGGCCGUUUGUCGCCCAACCGUCGCAGCUACAACUUGCUGGGCAUUAAGUCCAGUCCCUACAAUAGUCCCAUUGGAACGCCGGUCAUCAAGUUCGAGCCGGGCAGCGGUCAGGAAGAUCACAAUGAGCACGAAAGCGGCCGAGUCACGCCCACCGCCCACUGCCCGGGUAGCCUGCUGGUGCCCAAGAUGCAGCCGCGCCAUGGCAAUGGCGAUAACGAUGACAGCAACGACGAGGAUAGCAUGGAGCCCUGCGAUCUGCGCAUUGACCUGGCCAAAGUCCUGCUGGCUGCUGCCCAAAGCGGUGCCCCGGCCACCCUGCCCCUUGGCCACCACCAUCACCACGGCCAUCAUCCUCAAGGACGAGCCCUGCCGCAGCUAAUUUAUCCGGCUGUGCCGGAUAAGGUGCCACGUCCCGAUACGCCCACGCGUCGCUACAGUAGCAGCAGUGGUCCUGGCCAGGACUCGGCCAGCAGUGUGGCUGUGCAGUUUGUGGCCGCUGCGGCUGCCGCUGGUCUGGCGGCCAACAACACAAGUGCCUCAACAGCCGCCGGAGGAGGAGCUUCCACUUCGGCAGCAGCAGCAGCGGCGGCGGCAGCAGCAGCUGCAGCAGCUGGUGGAUCAGUGGCAGGGAACUGGAACAGUGGCGGAGGAAGCGGCGGUGCAGGAGGGGGAAUCGGUGGAGGUGGAGGCGGUGGAGCCUAUGCCUGCGAUAGAUGUGGAAACACCUACGCCCGUCCGCACAGUCUCAAUCGGCAUGUGCGAUUCGAGUGCGGCGUGGAGCCCAAGUUCGAGUGCCCCAUUUGUCACAAGAAGUCGAAGCACAAACACAAUCUCGUGCUGCACAUGCGCACCCACCAACAUCGAUGAUACAACAAAUGCUGCAACGGCCUCCGAUGACGCCAGGCUCUCAAACUAGUGACUGCCGGGCCGGAUCCGGGAUCAGUAUCGGUAUCGGUAUAUCGGGGAUCUAGAGAAUAGUAGGGAUCUACCACAGGUUUCCAGGUUUCGGGUCCUUAGUGCCGGGUUUGCUUCAGUCUGAGACCAAAGUCCUAAUCACACAGAGUUCAGUCCAGUCCAGAGCGCGGUUUUGUGUAAUUUUCCAAAUGAUCUUGAAACAUAUAGUCGUUUUUACACAUAUAUAUUCAGUUAUAAAUAUAUAUAUAUAUUAUAUAUCUAUAUAUAUACAACUACACUAACUCGUAACUAUGUAUAUACAGAGGAACAUUAACAAAUUCUAAUUCUUAGAUCAUCUUAAAGUUUUUUUUGUUCACAUUUAAUCCAUCUUGAUAGUUUUGUCCGUAACAGUUUUUGAAGUUUUUAAAGUUCUAAUUACUUUGGGUUCGAAUUGGCAAGAAUUGAGGAAUUGAUGCGUUGAAGAAUUAACGAAUUGAAGCAGGCGAUGUAUUUUGAGGGGCGCGCGAGAGUCCAGGCGCCGCUGCAUGUUGCAUGAUGUGUGUAAAUCCUUAGGAAAACUCAAUGAUCUCAAUGAACUUUUUCUUGAUUUUGGUGAAAAUACGGAAAAUGGGGGAAAUUAUGCAUUUUAUUGUAGCAGCAACAAGAGCAACAGCAAACGCAACCGCUAACAAAAUAAAAAACAUUCACAUUAAUUAUAGUAUAAUUUCUAGUGCAGGACACUCUCGCGCGUCUUUCAUGCUGAUAGCGAUAUGAAUUAUAUCUAUAGGGAGAAACGGAAAACACAGUCAGAGACAGAGUCAACAUGUAGAGCUUAAGUUAGACCCCAGAGAAGGAGUUUCCCAAUCUGAAUCGACUAGAUCUAGAUCAUGUGCAAUACGAAACGGGCACCAAAAAAAAUAAAAAUUAUAAGAAGAAAAAAAAGGGGAAAAAAAAACUGAUAUGAAGGGCAGUCGGUGUUCUUUAUCUUUACACAUUUUUUGUUUGCUUAUUAUCACAAACUCACAUCGAUAAAAAUGUUAAAAGUUUGCUUAGGUACGAGUACGCACCCCAAAGACCACAAUAUAUUAUGCAUAUACUAUAUAUAACAAAUUAUAGCUUAUAGUAGAAACUCAACGAUCUCUAUUUACUCUUUUUCAAAACAAAAAACAAAGCAAACAAUUUAUUAAUUUAUCUUGUGCUCAUUCCAUAAACGUUUUUUAAAUUACGAGUAUGUUUUAAUUAUGAACCACGAUAUGUGAUAGCGGAAUUUUAAUUUGACCAAAAAGAGAUAAACAAAUCAAAAUUAGCGUGGCUUUGGGUUCUGGCGCCUCUACGCAAAGCAAACCGUUUUUAAAGCAAACUAAAGCAGUUAUUAAUUAUUUUUAAAUAACGUUAAUAUAAAUAUAAACGAGCAGCAUAUGGGAGUGUGAAAAAGGAUUUAGAAAUUGGCAAAGUAAACGGGUUGGGGGAACUCGCAUCGAGUCACAGUCAGAAAUAUAAAUUGGUAUGUGAUAUAAUGAAUAUAGUCCUCAUUGUAAUUAAUAGUAAACGUAAUUGUAUAUUUUACCUUUUUUAAAAUAAUUUUCUUUUGUCAAAAUUGGAAGAGCAUCCUAAAAUAUUGCAGUGCGGUCUUGUUUAAAACGAUAACAUUUAGAUAUAUUAACGAACGUUUGUUUCACCCAUGCAGACACAGACACAAAAACAUGAAUUGAAGUUUUGAUAAUUGUUGAUAUACAAACAAAGAGCUUAAAUGUAUAACAAACUUUCUUAGGUACUUCAUAAACAAGAUUUUGACAUAACAAAAAAUGAAAAAUCACUUAGAGGGGGGGACGCAUACCAUAAUUUGUUGUCAGUUUUAAAGUUUGUGCCACACAAAAAAUGUGAUAAAGAAGUAAAUUAAAAAACAGGCAACAAAUUGGCACAAAUCGACACAAAAAAUAUGUACGAAUAUUAAACGAAAUUGUUUAAAUUGUUAUAACAAAAACGAACGAAGCAAGAUAAGAAAAGAAAAGAAAAAACAAAAUUUUUAUCAGUCAGUAUUCGAAUUAGGUGAGGAAAUUCUAAAUUAAAUUCGUUAUAAAUUAAAAGAAACAUUUGGUUAUCAUCUUUGAUUCUUACUUUAAUAACUAUGUAUAUUUUUUAAUCGCUUUCUUGCGCUAGUCAGUUUCUUGAGAGUUUUGCUUAUUAUUUUGUUAGAUUUAUGUAUAACAAGAGCACUACACGAAAUUCAAUAAUUGUAUCCGUUUUGUAUAAAUAAUAUUCUAGAUGCGAUCUAAUUAACUAUCUUCUAAGGUUGUGGUUCUUAUUUAUCUAUAAACAUAAUAAUUUUAAUUACAUAUAAUUUUUGUUACAACAAGAGUAAGGCGAAGCACAUGGAUUCACCUACUAUGCAUAUUUUAUAAUUUAUCAACAGCGCAUGUGAUGGACUCGAAAUGAACCAAAUAUUAACGAUUGUAAUUAAAUCCAAGACACACGAGACCAUGCAGUUGAAUUUGGUCCGAAAUGGCAACACUUUCGAGUCGUUAUAGUUAAAAUGUUAAAAAAAAGCAUGUGAUAAAUUUUAAUAUAAUUUGAUUAAUAAUUUACUAACACUAAAUCACCAAACACACCCCAAACAUGUUCGCAGGCGAUUCGUUCGAGUUUGAGAACAAUAUGAGAUGGUCGUGAAAUAUUUUUCGAGAAAUUGUACUAACCCAGAUAACUCUAUUUCUACUAAUAUGUAUCUUAUUCUGUUAUAUAAACAAUAUGAAAGAUUUAUAAAAACCCAAAACACACCCCAAACACACAAAAUACACGUUAAAAAAAAGUUGUAAACAAGGAGCUGUGAAUGUAAAAUUAUAUGUAAAGCAAAAUAUAUCUACAUAUAGAUACAAAGAAACAUACAAACAUAUAAAGGAAUCGAUGUGAUUAAUUGUGAUUGAAAUGAAACGAAGCAUAGAUCAGAUCUGAUCAAAUCUGAUCUGAUCGGAUCUGAUAAGAUGAAAGAAGUGGGAGGGCAAUAGGUUGGGUAAUGGACAAGAGAAAGGCUUUCUUUUCAAACACAUACACACACAAUACACAAACAACACACAUAAAUAAUAAAAUAAUAGUUGCGACAUAUGUCUAAGAAAAUCUGAUAUUUUGUUUCUCUUCAUUAAGCUACAUUUUCUGAUUCGUUUUUUUUGUUUAUUCUAAUAUUAUUUCGAAAAAACUAAUAAUACAAAAUGGGGAAUUCAAUAAAUAGCACACGCAUACACAAUAAAUCAAGUAAAACAUAGCUUUAAGUUAACGAAAAAGGAAGUUAGAAAUGAUUGUUGAUUGCUGUUUACGCACGCUUAACGAAUAGUAAAUGUUGAAAAUAAAAGCAACGCGCAGAAAAAAUGUGUAAAAAAGCAUA